AGACUAGUAGGCGCGGCAGUAGGCAGUAAGCAGCGUCAAGCUCAAGAUUCUUGGGACACGCAUGCGCACAAGGUCAACUUGCCACUAUUUUCGCAGCUCAAGCACAACAACUUGGGAGGCGGUACAAACACAUAUGUAGUAAGCUUACCUUCACCAAAAUGACGCUGAUCAAGUUUACGCAAGUGUUAUCAUACUCCAGUGAAGAUGCUAAUCAUCCUGCAGACAACUUGCUGCGAGCAGACACAUACCGAAAGUGGAAGUGUGCUCCAGAUACAUCAAAUAAAAUGUCCUUUGUAAUCUUGAAGUUUGAAAACCUGACAUCUAUCAACUCUCUUGACAUUGGUAAUGACGGGUCAGCACUUGUUGAGGUGUUGGUGAGCAGGGAAGGAAUGAAUGAUUACCAGGUACUACUUGUUUCAUCUGCCUUCAUGAGUCCAACAGAAUCAAGAAAUGGUACAGACCUAAACCGAGUACGCAUGUUUGGACCUGACAAAUUGAACAAAAAUACUGCUAAACAAAAAUGGGAUCGAUUGAAGGUUGUUUGCACACAGCCAUUCAAUACAAAGAUGCAGUAUGGACUCUCUUUCAUCACUGCCAGAUCUCCAGACAGUGAGAAGCAAGAGUCGUCUGAAAAGUUUACCCAACUUGGAAAAUUCAAACUAAGAAUGGAAGAUAAUUGUGAUCCUAUAACCGUAGGCUCUGUGUUUGCCAAGAGGAAUGAGAAAUCUCCAUUGUCCUCAACUGAACCAGGAUCAAUUAGAGCUGCAUCAAGAGAAAUAGCUACUGCUGUGUCUUCAUCAGAAACUCUGAAGAGAAAGGACCCACCAACACAUGGAAGCCCAAGUCAGCUUAAGAAAAAAGCAGCUGCAGAGUCUGUGAAGUCACCCAUAAUUAAGAAUACUCCAUCAAGCUCACACACAACUAAUGGGAGUAAGGGAAAGCAAAAUGAGAAGCAAACCAAAACCAAACCAGAAAGAACAGAAGGAAAGCCAACUCCAAAGAACAAUGGAGGAAGAGAAGAGAGAGAAAAGAAGAAAGAAAAUAAGAUGAAUAAAGAAAUGCCUAACAGUAAACCUUCAUCAUCAAAAGGUGAUGUCCAGGAGACUAGGAAAAAGAAAUCAAAACCUUUUACUUCUCUCAUGGACAAUGUUGUGUUUGUAAUGAGUGGCUAUGAAAACCCUGAGCGUUCCAUCCUCAGGGACAAGCUCACAGAAAUGGGCGCCCAGUAUAGAUCUGACUGGAAGCCCGGAUGUACUCAUCUCAUAUGUGCCUUCACCAACACUCCAAAGUACCGCCAAGCAAAGGGGAAGGGAAAGAUUGUCACAGGAAAGUGGAUUACAGAGUGUUACAAGAAUAAGAUUAGAUAUCCAUGGAAGAGGUAUGGACUAGAAAAGCAUAAAGAUGGAACAGAAAGUGAAGAAGAGAUUUGGGCUGAAGAACUUUUACCAAAAGUGUCACAACCAAAACCCAAACCACCUUCACCUCCAAAGUCUGUAGAUAAUUCAGAUGUGGGAGAUGAUUGCAAUUAUAGUGAUGAUGAAGAUACUGAUGAUGAAAUCCAGAAGGUUCUUGAUAAACAGCAAAAGAAUAAACCUGAUGUUGCCAGUGAUGCUGAAGCAAGAACCACCUACAGUUCUAAAAGGGACAGCAGCAAGUCUUCCUCAGAAAAGGAUAGAGCCAUAACCACCAAUCACCAUCCUAAAAAUAAUAAAGAUUGUUCAACAACUAAUGGUGUUAUGGACAACACUGAUGAAGAAAUAUAUGAUGCUGACACAGAUGUAGAUGAAGUAAGUGUAUGUUUAAUUUUCUUCAUCCAGGAACUACCAGAUACUUCCUCCCUGCCAUUGCCAACACUUGGAGACUAUUUCAAAGGGAAAUAUUUCUUCUUUUAUGGAGACAUGGCAGAAGACACAAGGAAACUCCUGACACGCUUCAUAACAGCUUAUGCAGGAGAAAUUGAAGAUUACAUGACUGAGAAAGUUAAUUUUGUACUCAGUGAUAACAAGUGGGAUGAAAACUUUGAAGAGGCCCUGAAUGACAAUACAGCCCUUCAGUUUGUUAAACCUCAGUGGAUCUGGCAGUGCUGUGAUAAACAGAAACUUGUUCCACACCAGCCUUUCCUGAUCGUACCUUAGAAGUAAGUAAAGGAUGAUGCAGUGGAAUCUCGGUUACCUAAUGCUUCCCUUUUUAAUGGAUUGUUUUUUGAAAGAUAUUUUGAAUGUGCUUUGAUAGCCGGAAUAUAAUUUGGUUCUGGAACAAAGUUACUGAUUUCAAAUAUUAAAGGAGUAAACAAAAGGUGCCAUUUUACGAGUGUGUCAUUAAGUUCAUUCAUGGGAUCCUUUGUGGAUAAAUCAUUUUUGAAGUGGAGAUGUUGUGAAGCAGCCAUCAUAGCAGUGGGGGGUGUAUUCUAUUCAGCUGCUAAGACUGAGUAGAUGUGUUUCUUGAAACAAACUGAUUUGUUUUGCACUGAUUUUGAUUUUGAGUGACAUUCAGGAACAAAUCAAGUUUAAGAACUGAGGUUCCACUGUAUAUCCAUUUUUAAUAAAAGUACAAAUAUUCAGAAAUGCUGAUAUUUAUCCACAUGAACCAGAGAAAAUACUAUGAUCACUUCAUUUGUAUACUAGAUUGGUAUUAUUAUUAUUUUAACUAUUUACUGUACAUGUUGGUCAUUAGUGUCAUUUUCUUGGCUGGUGCAGACUGGAACACAUCAAUUCUGUAAUGUUAUACAAUACACUGCCAAUAUUGAAUGGAAAUAUGAACAAUAAAUGUUUUUUAGUUUUAAUGAUAAGCUUGUCAUAUUGUCCAUUUUUGUACUUGUUAUUUCUGUAUGGAAACAAAGAUAAUGUCGAGUGUGAAACUUUCUGGUUAAUACAACCUAAUUGCUUGUUU